AUGGCCACAACCAAUCUCCCCACAACCAUCAAGGCUGUUUACCAGCAAGAUCCCAAGCUCACAACAUUGAAACUUUUACAAACACCCAUUCCUAAAGCUUCUGGCCCAGAAGAGCAUCUCGUCAAGAUCAAAGCUACAGCACCGUGCCUCGGCGAAUUAGGCUGGGAGGUCAACUUCCCCAGUCUCUUCCCCCCGAACCGAGAGCGUGUCCCCGGAACUGAAGCUGCUGGUAUCAUCGCUACUUCGCCACCCUCCAGCCCUUUCAAGCCUGGAGACGAGGUAUACUUUCGCCUCCAUGCUAGGUUUCCAGGAUGUUUACGAGAAUAUACGAUCAUUCACACAGAAGAAUUGGCAUUGAAGCCCAAGACACUAGAUUGGAUUGAGGCAUCCGCAACGCCAUUGAGUACCUUGACUGCUUGGCAAGGACUCUUUACGCAGGGAAUUUUGGACAAGAAGGGGAUUAGCGGAGAUGCCGACGCAAGAGCCCACAACAGCAAGUUGAGAGUCCUCAUCACGGGCGCAAGUGGCAGCGUGGGAGCUUGGGCGCUUCAUUUUGCCGCUGCCGCUGGCGCAGGCGCUGUGGUUGCGCAGUGCGGUAGUUUCAGCAUCGAGGAGGCUAAGAAGGCCGGAGCCACAGAGAUUAUCGAUUACAAGAAACAAUCUAUCGCAGACUGGGCUCAAGAAGACGCUUCUCGUGAAGUGGACUUGGUCCUCGACUGCGUUGGUGGACCAACUCUAGCGGAAUGCUGGUCCGCGGUGAAGAAGAACGGCGUCUUGCUGAGUGUUGUUGGCAGCCCGGACGAGUUGAAACCUGGGUCUGUUACAAAGGAUUUGGCAAAGAGCACUUGGUUCCUUAUGGAUUGCAAGGGCGAUGAUUUGAAGGAGAUUGCCGACUUUAUUGAUGAGCGAGGAUUGAAGCCGCAGAUUGACAGCGUGGUUGAGUUUGAGGACUUUCAGGCUGCCUAUGACAAAGUUGAGCAGAAGAAGGCAAAGGGCAAGGUAGUCAUCAAGGUCGAUAUCUAA